AUGAUUAGUAACCCACAUAAAAAGCGUGCUAUGAUGACGCAAGCACAUAAUGAAGAAGAGGAUGCAGGGUCAUCUGGCCUGGUGUCUGAAUCAGAAGGUGAAUCAGAUGACUCAGAUACAGAAGAGUUUCCUGGUGACGACGGAAUAUCACCAGCCAAAGCAGGAAUUAUUGAACAUUUGAGUUUGAAAAAUUUCAUGUGUCAUGACUCAUUCGAAUUGAGCUUAGGUCCGCAAAUUAACUUCAUCAUUGGAAGGAAUGGAUCUGGUAAAAGUGCAAUUCUUACGGGAAUUUCUGUUGGGUUGGGAGCUAAAGCCAAUGACACUAAUAGAGGAAGUUCCAUAAGGGACUUGAUAAAGGAUGGUAAACUUACAUCGAGGAUUAUUAUCACUUUGAAAAAUGAAGGUCCCAUGGCGUAUAAGCCAGAAGAGUAUGGUAAGAAAAUCAUUAUUGAAAGGAAGUUACAAAGAACUGGAAACAACACAUACUCAAUCAAGUCUGAGCAGGGAAAAACAGUAUCGCAAAAGAAAUCGGUCUUGGAUGAAAUUUUGUUCAAGUUCAACAUCACUGUGGACAAUCCUUUGGCCUUCUUGUCCCAGGAUAAGGCGCGAGAAUUUUUAACCACAGCCACAGCAAAAACUAAAUUUGAGUAUUUCAUGGCAGGUGCUUACAUCACUGAUAUUUACAAUAAUCUUGAUGAAACGCACAGGAAUAUACGAGAUAUUAACAGCAAAAAGGAUCAGGCAGAAGAGUAUACCGCGAAAUGCAAAGCGGAGUACAAAAGAAUUGCUAAGAUACACAACGCUCACAGAAGAAAUGACCAGUUGAGAAAUCAUGCAAUGAAAUUGAAUGGUAAAAUUUACUGGUUUAACGCUCAAAAGUAUGAGAAGAAGAUUGAGGAAUACAUUGAAAAGACCUCUGAGGCAGAGUCGGAGGUAGAAAGGAAGACUCAGAGUAUACAGGAAAUUGAGCAAGAAAUUAUGCUGGAGCAGCCGCAAGAGAGUGUUAUUCGGCAAGAAAUGAGAGGGGCUGAAACUAACUUGGAGUCAGUGCAGAGUCGUUAUGAAGAGGCAAAGACAGCAAGGUCUCAAAUCAAAUCACAACUAGAUGUUGUUCAAGUAGACAUCAAGAAAAAUAAUCGAGAAAUUGACAAUUUGAAUCAAAAUAUAAAGUACAAUAAAGAUAAGCUCAAGACUGAACGAAGAAAAAUUGAAGAACAAGAAGGUGGCUCAAAAGAGGAAAUUAGAACUAAAUUAGCUCAGGCGGAUGAAGAUUUAGUCAAGAGUGAGGAAAACGUGGCUCUAUGUAGACAGAAGAUCAAGGACUUACAGUCAAACCCUGACCCCAGAAUUGAAGAGUUGACGCUGGCUAAGGAGGCAUCGGGCCGCAAUUUGAGGGAGCUUCGGUUGAGGCAAUCGGAAUUGGAAAAGGACCAAUUUUCAAGGUAUACACCAUGGGAUGCUCGUAAAAUGCAAGGUGUUAUGUGUGAUAUAGAGGGAGUUCAAUGGUCGUCUAAACCACUUGGACCCCUUGGUAGCUAUAUUUCGGUAAAGAAGGAGUUUCAAAAUUGGAAACCGUUAUUGGAUGCGAUAUUGAGUAAAAGCUUAGAUGCUUUUAUUGUUCGUAAUGAAAGAGAUCGAUCCCAGUUGGAUAGAAUUUUACGGAAGCAUCAUGCGUUCCAUAAUAUUAUUGUUCGUAAAACUGAACGUUAUCACUAUGAAAGUGGUAAAGCUAGAGGUACCACUGUGUUGGAUAUGCUUAAUAUUAGCGAAGAUGCUGUCUUGUAUGCCUUGAUCGAUAACAGUUCGAUUGAAAAAUUAAUUAUUGCAAACUCAGCCGAAGAAGCAAGACGAUUAUGUUAUGAACCAAACGUUUACGGUGUUUUGGCCCAGUUUGGUAACUCGUCGGGAAGUAGAGUAAGUCGUCAAAAUGGAGUGCUUAGACUGGAUCCUGUUUAUUACCUGGGUAAGCUUCCUAGGUUUGGAAGUGAGAAUAAGAAUGAAGUCUUGGAUGAAUUAAAGGAGGAGAUCAGCAACGAAUCAAAUAAUCAGAACAGUAUCGAAAGGGAGUUACGAGGAAUCAAGAUGAAGAUCGAUAACGAACGGAAUACAUUGUAUCGUGAACAAAGUGAACUAAAGCGUGAAUUGGAAAGUUUAAGACGCAAGAAAGCAAUUUAUGAGGACAAGAUUGACAAGGAGAUUGACGAAUCAAAUGUUUUAAAAUUGCAAUUGAGAAUAGAAGAAGAUACUUCGCAAAUCAGUCGUCUUGAAGGACUUAUUGAAUCUCUUGAGGAGACAGCCGAGAGAACUACUGGGAAAUAUAAUGCAUGUUCACAGUCAAUUAGUGACAUUAAGGAAGAAGUCAAGCAAGCAAACGAGAAAAUGAGACUAUUUGAGAAGAAAUUGGUAACUCAUCAAGAGUAUAUCAAGACAUUAAGUUCCAAAAUUGUUGACAUCCAAGGGCACAAACAAGAGCUUGUUUCGUCGAUCGAGAGGUGGAAAGGUGUAAUUGAACAGGGUAAAGCUAAAUUAGAAGAACAAUUGGAAACUGCUCAAAGCUUGUGCAACCGUGAAGAAGUCACCAUAAACGAAGAAGAUACACAAGAAAGUAUAGCGCUAGAGUACGCUGACGUGCAACAAGAAAUAAAAGAGGCUGAACAAGCUUUAGGCUCGACUUUGGAGGAAGUGUUGAAAGAAUUGGAAGUUGCCGAACGGAAACGAAACGAGGCAUUAGCAAAUGAAAAGGAAUUGGAUAAUAUAAUUAAGAAACUACGAGAAGAAGUUACGGUGAGAGUAGCAUUUUUUGCUACCACGAUAAGACAUGCUAUCGAUUUAGCUAAACGAUCUUUUGAAGAUUCAAUGGAGGUUAGAGGUUUCCGGGGAUCGUUGAAUAUGAAUUUUAAAGAUGGAUCAUUGGAUCUAAUGGUAAAAACCAAGAGAGACGACAAGGAUCGUACUGUUGAAUCAUUAUCGGGUGGAGAAAAAUCAUAUACUCAAAUUGCGCUUUUAUUAUCUAUAUGGCAAACUAUGAAUUCAAGAAUCAGAGGAUUGGAUGAAUUUGACGUUUAUAUGGAUUCAGUCAAUCGGUCAAUCAGUAUCAAGUUGCUACUUCAUGAGUUGUCAAGGUAUCCUAAAUCGCAAAAUAUUUUCAUUACACCUCAAGAUAUUGCUGUUGUUGGUGACUUGAGUGGUGAUAAUGUACGAAUUCAUAAAAUGUCCGACCCAAGGCGGGACAAUUGA